AUGUUGCUCAACAUCAUCCUACUUGUAACGUUGUUAGCCACUGGAAGCCAAGGUGCAGCUGUGACCCGAGCAACGAGCCAUUGGAAAGGCUUUUCGAAACUUAAAACUCUGUUUGUGUUUGGUGAUUCAUAUUCCCGGACAGGCUUCAAUCCCACCGGCACACAGCCCUCCAGCAAGAAUAAGAUAGGCAACCCGGCGUUCCCAGGCAUCACCAGCUCCAACGGCCCCAAUUGGGUUGGAUACUUAACUGGAGGCUACAAUGAAUCUCCCUUCCUUACAUACAACUUUGGUACUAGUGGAGCAAUUGUUGGCACACCAAAUGCUGACAAGAGCCGCUAUACUGUUACUCGGGAGAUUGAAGAAAAGUUCGAGCCUCAUUACAAACUCGGCAAAACCUUUGGAUCAGACUCAUCUCUAUUCGUAGUCUGGAUAGGCAUAAACGAUGUCGUCCUAAGCUACUUGGACAGAAACUCAAAGACCUACGAUGUAAGCUUCAAAAGCUACAAGAACCACAUCGAAUCUCUCUACAAAGAUGGCGCCAGGAACUUCCUCCUUAUGACAGUCCCACCACUUCAACAUACCCCUCGAAUCACUAAAUCUAGUGACUCUUCGCGAAAAGCCCGGUUAAUAACAGAGGCAGUUCAAGACUGGAAUAGGCGGAUCAAAGCUCUCCAGGCAAACAUUAAGAAGCUACAUCCUUCAGCAAAUGUCUUUCUUUACGAUACCUAUUCUCUGUUCCAACAGGUGUACCAACAUCCCUCAGAGUUCAAGGAAACGUCUAUUUACAAGGAUACUAAGAAUUACUGUCCGAAAUACGCAAAGGGAACUAAAACACCGGACACUAAGCUGGAAGGAUGCAAAUACGCGGCCAAUGAGUACCUCUGGAUAAAUGACCUUCAUCCUACCUCGCCGAUUCAUCGACUACUGGCCAAAGACAUUGCUGGAUUCUUGAAGACGAGGUAG